AUGUGCCGACGUGGAGAGCAAAGCACUGAUCGACGGAAGUUUCAAAUCGCUCGAGGCAACAUCAUAUGUGUCGUCUUUCUCAACGAGAUGAGCGUAUACCGCGAUACCCAGGGAAACAGACGGUGUGUACCCCGCCAUGCCUCAUGCGAGGUUGGGCAGGGAUGCUGUCACGUGGGAUAUGAACGUCAGCUUUCACUUUCAGCUUUCCUCGUGUUCUUCCAGUGGAAGCCCAUCGCCACCAGCAGGUGGAGUCAGGGAGUGUCAUCCAAGAUGGACAAUAUCCUCGAUCUGUGUUGGGAUGUCUUUCCUUGGAUCAGCAUCCAAGCAACCCGUCUUGGCCUGGAAAUGCAAGAUAACAGAUUCGCUCAGCUAGGCGGCCAAAUGUUCAUCUUGAGUCAACAAAAUCCCCCCUCGGGCCAGAGAGAAAUACAUGACAAGCUGCUCAAGGUUGUAACGCUCGUUAACAAAGCUUGUUCUAGGAUAUCUGAGUACAUGUACUCAAAUACGCCUGAGGAGAAAAUACUUAUUAGCGAUAUUCGACGUAGCCUGCCACAGUUCGUCCAGCAGAACCCCGAGUACCAUUCCCUCCUUUGGUUCAUCACAGAUUGCCUGCACGCAAUGGAUCCGCCAGACGCCCUUCCUGAUGAGCAGAUACGCUUAUAUGAUAAGGAUACCAAAUACCCUGCGCGGGUCAGCAAUGCCCUUCAUACCCAACUGCGAAUGUACUCAGCAUGUUCGUGUAGCACGCAACACCUUGAUCACGCCUGGCUGCGACUGGAUCCUGAGAAUGAUAAGCAAGAUGAUGAGGAUAUUCCAUUCGACCUAGUGUUUUCAGCAGGCCACACUUCGUGUGGCAUGACCAACUGUCAGUUACAGUGGAAAGAGGUGAAAAUAUCGGUUGCUAGGUUCGAGCCCAUCGCCUAG